AUGCAACGAGGCCGCGAGGUGGAACCAGCAAGUCCGGAGGCCUUCCAUGUGCCGGUAGUGGAAGGUUUGCCGGCACAAUAUCAAGAACUGCUGGUUGUGCCAGAAAUCGACCCAUAUACAGUGAUUAGGAAUGCUGACGGGUCGGUAAUAAUUGAAUGCGGCAUCUGUCCUAAGGAAUUCGGGACGCUAAAGGGAUGGCGAAUUCACGCCGCCAAAAUGCAUCGGCAAAAUGGUUUUUGCCAGAAAUGCGGCCAUUUCAUCGAAAUGCCGCACGUUCGCUCAGCCGAGGAAGUCGCAGCUACAAUGGAGCUCCAUUCUUUAGAAUGGUGCCCCAUGGCCACGAAGGCUACAAUGAAUGAAAGGGCUGUCAAACGGCGAAGGCUCGAGCUAGCGGGUAGAAACGAUGAAGCGGCGCAUUAUUUCAUUCCUGGUAAGUGA